ACGCCGGUCCAGGUUCGUGCCUGACGAUCUCGCUUUGACGCACUCCUGCACAACAUCAGUAAAGAGAAAUCUUUCAGAUAUCACUUCCGCGUUGUGAGGAUGUCGCAACGGCCAUGGUCGGGCUGGACAGAUCCAGCGUAUCAUCAACCACCAGCGCAAUUGUUAGACAAUCGUUCUUCAGCAUUCUACCAGAAACCCAUUCCGCCCUACGCACAGCCGACGGUGCAGAGUAUACACCCUUUUUAUGGGACGGCCGAGCCGGCACCCAUUAUCGCAGAGCUCCCAGCGCCUUUGCCUGCAGUACCGCCAACGACAACAUCAGAGAAGCAAUUGACAGAGGACGGACAGCUUGCAAGGAAGUUGUCAGCACCAAACCAGCAGGUGACGGAAGAUGAAGCGCUUGCAGAACGACUUCAUUUACUUGAAGUACAAGAGGCAGGGAAAAAGUACAAUAACAGUAUCAGCCAACCAUUGCGUCCAGCCAGUAUGGUGUUGCCAAGCCCUCAGUGGACGCCGUCGCUUGCACAACAGCGGUCUUUGAAUUCAAUGAGGCCACACUCUCAAAGCAUACCCCAGGGUUCUGUGUACAGUCCUGGGUUGGUACAUCAGCAAUCUACGCGGUCCCUGCGGCCGCAUUCGCAGAGCCUCUCUGGGAUACCAUGGAAUCCUGGAUCGUUCGGCUCACCACCACAAGCGCCAUCAAGAUACAGCAUGCUACCAGAAGUAGUUCCGGACCAAGCCCCAAAGUUUCCUCCAAGUCAUCUGCCACCGGUAGUUGUAAGCGACCUACCCGAAGUGGUGAUCAGUAACGCGCCCGACGCGCUGGAGAUACCAUCAAAUCCAGCGUCUUUGGCCAGCCAUCUUGAAGAACAUCGACAUGUCCCCUACCCGCCUCAGUGGAGACUUGGUCCGGUGGUCAAGAUGUACCAUGCUCAAACGCGCAUUACCGCAAAAGCCAAUUGGCUUGAUGUGCCAAUGUCAUCCGCCUGGUCGAGUCAUCGACGGUCAGAGGAUUCCUCGAACUCUUCCCCUCCGACCUAUGUAUUCUCUUUCAAAAAGUUCGGCGGCAGUUAUCGUGAUCCAAGGUUUUCAUGGGUCAUGCUCACUCACGAUGCAGAUCCCCGUGUCAAGAAGCGACAUCCGGUAUGGUCCUACGAACUGCGAUUGGACCUCAGAAGUGGUGUUCGCAAGAAGGAGGUUUUGAAUGCAGGUGGAGGAUCUGAUAUACUCACUACAUACGUCCACGCCUCGAACUACGACUCGCUUCGCUUUGUUGGCAACGAUGCGAAAACCUACUUAUGGGUCAGUCAAAUGCCAGUGAGCUCGACUCAAGGCCAGCGCUACGACAUCAUCCGCCAUGCACUUUUUGUUGCACAUAACAACUACCAAGACCCACUUUACGGUGAUAUUGUCGCGGACCACACCUAUUGGGACGGAUUCGAUGGCGAUGUGCGAGUUCACGAAGGAACCACUUGUAUGGAAUGUCAAGUAAAACCAAUAGUCGGUCAGAGGUGGAAUUGCAAGACCUGUCCAGACCAUGACAUUUGCGGCCUCUGCCACUCUCGUGGGAACCGCAGUUCCAUCAAACUGGGAUGUAAGAUAUCGUUGACCUGUCUUCCCGAUGAAACGCUCUACAUUCGUUCUCCGUUAGUAGACCACGCCCUUGUCAUCGCCUCGCUGCAAGUUCUGAAAGACUGGCAAAAACAUGAACUACGGCGGCAGAAGAGCCAAGAUCCAAAGGGUUUCAUGCAGAGCGAGGAGACGGCGCGAAAAUGUGAUCUCGGAAAGCUAAGCUAUUGGAGAGGAAGCGAUUUCACCGCGAAACAUGGCAGAUCGAAGAGUAUCAACGGUAGAAUGGAAACUGCAGAAGCUAUGCAGAACCCAAAUGGGAUUGCGGGCGCACUGGGCAAUUUAGCGGAUGCAGGCUUGGCUAUGGCAGCUCAAGGGCAACAGGGUGGGUAUGGUGGACAUCACGGAGGGCACCAUAGUUACGGGGGAGACGGAGGAGGUGGAGGAGGUGACGGCGGCGGCGGCGGCGGUUAAAUGUAGCGCCAUCUACACUACAAUCAUAUCAUCGUGGUAUCAAG